GGUGCUGAGGGUUUUACAAUCUCACAAGCCCAUUUUCGAUAUUUGAGCCAUUCACUUCUCAAUCCACUUUAUCCCAAUGGGGAAAUUUAUUAUUUUCGCCUAUCGCAAUAUGAUUCCCAUUUUCUAGUAAAGUUACUGCUAAUAAAUCAAUUUGGCCAAAAAGAAAAAAUUGUGGGGAUGAAGAAAGAGUUUUUUUUAUUUCUUAUUAUACUACAUAUAUUAAUCCAUUCACUUCAUAAAUAAUUUGCUACAAAAUCUGUUAAGUUUAUAAAGUUUCCCGUCCUCCGGUUGUUAGUGCGUUGCUCAUCGACAACCCGGAGCUCCGAUGUGGUGCUCCUUACCCAGAUUUAUCCGCCCCAUCACCGCCGUAUCACCACUGCCGAAUUCAUCACUUACUAUUUUAUGCCACCACGGAGGUUCGGCGGCGGUGUAUCCUGCUAUAUCCUCACCGGAAAAACUAGAAUAUAGCACCCAACUCGUCACACGGGAAUACGCUGACCUAAAUCUCUCCAACAAUGAUUCCCAGGAGGUUGGUCAUGUUAGGGUCCGGCAGCAUGUUAAUCCUCUCAGUUUUUCCAAAAUGGUACCGGUGGAACUCCCAGAUUGGAAUGCUGUUUAUAAAGAUGCUAAGCUGCCAUUGAUGGUGGAUAUUGGUAGCGGUAGUGGGAGAUUUCUCCUAUGGCUUGCCAAAAGAAACUGCGGAUUGAAGAAUUAUCUAGGAUUGGAAAUACGUCCUAAAUUGGCCAAACGUGCUGAGCAUUGGGUGCAUGAACUAGGGCUGAACAAUAUCCACUUUAUGCAUGCCAAUGCAACGGUCUCCUUCAAACAAUUUAUAACUACAUAUCCAGGUCCCUUGGUUUUAGUUUCUAUAUUGUGUCCAGAUCCUCACUUUAAGAAAAAGCAUCAUAAAAGAAGGGUUGUGCAGAAGCCUCUAGUCGAUUCCAUUGUAGAAGGCUUAGUUCCUGGAGGACAGAUAUUCAUACAAUCAGACGUCCAGGAAGUAGCAGUUGAUAUGAGGAAAUAUUUUGAUGCUGAAUUUGACAAGCUUGUGCAUAUUAACCAUGUUGAUCCUAAUAUUCUUUGCGACAAUGAUGGAUGGUUGUUGAGUAAUCCAAUGGGCAUAAGGACAGAGAGAGAGAUCCAUGCAGAACUCGAAGGAGCUAGUAUUUACAGAAGAAUGUAUCAGAAACAACGGUAACCAGCUGAGUAAUCUGUGGGCUAACCAGACCUCAGAACAUGAGACCUGCACUCAUUUCUUCUUGGAGUUGGAAGAAGUGGUUGGUUUGUCAAGGAUUGGAAACACGGCCUGGUGCAACCGUCUCCCCUUGUUGCUUGUGGAAGAGAAUAGUUCUGUACUUAUAUCUGAAUCGAGUUUGAGUGAAAGGCUUCUUGACUUAAUUUCCUGAAUCACGGAUGACCUUGUCUUCUGUUAUCAAAAUUCAGCCAAUCUUUUUUCCAAAAGUUUUCUACUAUAACCUCGGGUGUUUGAGAAUGUUUCUUUGGUGAAAUGUAUCUUCAGGAUCCAUCUUAGGUUUAGAGGGAUUGGUUCUUUUUAUCGAUUCACUUUAUAUUUCCUUUUGCA